UUAGGUAGGGUAAUUUGACCCGUCGAACGAACAGAAAUGGAUUGCGACUGAGGAAAGUACGUGCGUAUUUAUCUCAAAAAUAAAAAUCACAUGUAUGAUAUGUAAACAAUCGAAGGAGAUUUUGUGCUUUGGGACUUAUAAUGCUUUAUUUAAGUAUUUUUUACAUUCAGCCUUGUAAAUAAAAGCUGCCUAAAUGAGUAUGACUGAAGACCAAAAGGAGAAAUCAGGUAAAACUAAGCCUCCUCUGCUUCCAAAACCAUGUCUCGGUUCUCCUUCAGCUGGUCCUGGAGAAAAUGCAAUUCCUCAGAUGGUGAUCACAUGUGCAGAUGAUGUUUCGGAAGAAAUAUCUAUUGCUGCAAAUACCUCGCCAGAGUCUGCUCCUUCUGUUUCAGAAGUUCCGUCUGCUAAUGAUCAGAAGGAGGAAGAAGCAUCUGAGAAUGUGCAUUAUAUAUCAGAAGCUUUACCUCUUAAUAUACAAAAAGAAGAAGAAAAAAGAGUAAUAUCUGCAAUAGAAAAUUCUCUGAUAACUAGGGAUAAUUCUGUUGAAGAAACUUUAACAGAGCUGACAAAUAGAGUAGUAUCUUCUGUAGAAGAACCUUGUGGCGAGUCAAGAAGUAAAGGAGAAACUAUAUCACAUUCUGUUGUACAGAGGCCCCUUGCAUUUGAACCAGAAAAAGUUUCCCAAGUUUCAGAUUCUAAGGAAGAUGCAAAAAACCUUUCAGAGUCAAUACAGUCAUCUCAGCCUCAUGCGCCAACAACAAUGCAAAGACCUCUUGUUUUUGAUGGCACUUUUACUCCAAUUGAAGUUACAACGGAUACUGCUGUAGCUGCUAAUAACCAAAGUAAUUUGCCUGAAGAGGAAUUAAUUGUGAAUCAUGAGGAAGAAGGAAUUAUUGUUGCUGAUAAUGAAUUACGUGAAGAAUAUACUACCUCUGUUGCUGAUUCAAAGCCAAAGUCUCCCAGCUUUUCGUGGAUGCCAUCAUUUCCUAAAUUACAUUCACCAACUAAAGAAACAAAAUCUUUGUCAGAGCAAGAUAAGAAACAUGCAGACAUUACAGAUCAUCAGAAGGUGCAAGAAGGUGAACCAAAUGAAAGUAAAAAAGACAGUGCACAUGGUGUGAAAAAGUUUUUUGAUUCAUUCCGUCAUGAGAACCAGCAGACAGAUAAGGAUAAACAGCUUCAGCAAUUUGACUCUAAAAAGGACUCUAAAAAGGAGGGUAUUGCUAAAGAACCACACAAAGAAAGUAAGCAUAGUAUUUUGAAGAUAUUUAGCCCAGAUAGAACAGAAUCUGAUAUUGAGGUAAGAAAUGUAUCUCCUAAAGGACAAAAAACAAAAGAAAUUGAUAGUGGAUCAAAAGCACAGUCUAAAGAUGCUAAGCACCAUAUAGUUAAAUUUUUUGAUUCUUUUAAGCAGGAUUCAGUUGAUCAGAAGGAAAAAAGUUUGUCUGAAAUCCAGCCAGCAGUUUCUGAAAUUACGGAAAGUCAUGAUGCUUCUAAAGCACAUCACAAAGAUUCAAAACAUAGUAUAAAGAAAUUUUUUGAAUCCUUUAAACAUGAUGCUUGUGAUGACAGCAGGCCGGCUUCUAUUGUAAUAUCUGAGUAUUCUAAUGAAGAUAACUUAGGUAUACAAACAAAGCUACAGGUUGAAAAUUCUGAUGUACCUGAAAUUCAGACUGUAGUUUCCAAAACUUUAGAAAGUCAUGAUAAGUCUAAAGCACAUCACAAAGAUUCAAAGCAUGGCAUAAAGAAAUUUUUUGAAUCCUUUAAACAUGAUACAUCUGAUGGAAGCAGACCUGCCUCUGUUGUAAUAUCUGAGGGAUUUAAUGAUGGUAAGUUGGAAAUGCAAACAAAAGCAAAUGUUGAAAGUUCUACUGUACCUGAAACUCAACUUAUAAUGUCUGAAACUGUAGAAAUCCAUGAUAAUUCUAAAGCUCACCACAAAGAUUCAAAACACAGUAUAAAGAAAUUUUUUGAUUCUCUUAAACAUGAUGUUUCUGAUGGAAGCAAACCUGUUUCUGCUUUAUUAUCUGAGGGCUCUGAUGAUGGUAAAUUAGAAAUGCAGCCAAAGGCAAAAGUUGAAGGUUCUACUAAAGUUCAGUCUGUAGUAUCUGAAAAUGUCGAAAGUCAUGAUACUUCUAAAGCUCUUCAUAAAGAUUCAAAACACGGUAUUAAGAAAUUUUUUGAUUCCCGAAAACAUGAUACAUCUGAUGGAAGCAGACCUGCUUCUGUUGUGCUAUCUGAAUGUUCUCAUGAAGAUAAGUUGAAAGUGCAAAAAAAGGCACAGGUUGAAAAUUCUGAUGCACUUGAAAUCCAGACUGUAGUUUCUGAAAUUGUAGAAAGUCAUGGUACUUCUAAAGUGCAUCAUGGAGAUUCAAAACAUAGUAUAAAGAAAUUUUUUGACUCUUUUAGACAUGAUGCUUCUGAUGGGAGCAGGCCAAAUUCUGUUGUAUUAUCGGAAUCUUCUGAUGAAGAUAAAAUCCGAAUAAAAACUCCAGUUAAAAUUUCUACUGUAUCUGAACAUGAAACUCAAUCUGCAAAAGAUAUUAAGGAAAUUCCAAUAAUCAUCACCUCAGAAAAUCAAGAAGAAAUACCCGUGAAAGAAAAAACAGUUGAAGUUCCAAAAGUUACAUCAAAAGAUAGUCUUCAUGGUGUUAAAAAAUUUUUUGAUUCCUUUACGCAUGAAUCAACUGAUACACAAAAAGAAAAGCCUGUAAAAGUCGCUAGUAGUGAUAAAAAGCAUAAGGAAAGCUUUCAUGGUGUAAAGAAAUUUUUUGAUUCUUUCAAGAAUGAUGGAAGUGAAAUACAGGGUGAGAUUAAAAGUAUGGAUGAUCAAAAAGAAAAAAAUGUUACAUUUUCCCUUACAUCUGUAGAAAUUUCUGAUGAAAAUCAAAAAGAUAAUCUCAUUGAGAAAGCGAGGGAAGAGAAACAUACUGUUAGAAAAUUUUUUGAUACUUUUAAGCAUGAAAGUCAUGAAUUGCAAGGUGAUAAUAAAACUGCCAAAUUAAAGAAGGAUAAGGGCAUUAAGCGUUCUCAGUCCUUUAAAGAUUAUUUUGAAUGGAAAGAUAAAGGAACCACUGAAGGAAAUGAGGGGCAGAAAGAAAGUGCACAUGGAAUGAAACACUUUUUUGAUUCAUUUAAGCAUGAAAAGCAAGAUAAACAAAAAGAUACUAAGUCAUUAGGGGAACCAAAGGCAAAAAUAAUUAAACGUUCUCAGUCUUUCAAAGAAUGCACAAGUGAAAAAGAAUCUGUACCUAUAAGGAAAAGCUUUUUUGAGUCUUUCAGUAUUUCUAAAGCAUCUAGUCAAUCUCAUGCUCCACUGACACAUGAAAAAAAGCAAAAUGAACAUAUUUAUGAUGUUGUUGAGAAGCCAUCUGUAGAAUCUGUUGCCAGUUUUCAUAUUCAGUCAGAGUCAAAAGUAAUCGAUAACUUGGAAGGAAAGGGUGUUAAAAAAGACACAGAAGGAUCUCAAGGUAUGAAGAAGCUAAUUGAAUCAUUUCGUCAUAAAGAUGUAUCGAUAAAAUCAAAAGAUGAAAAACAUGGUGCAAAAAGUGAAAAUAUAUAUGAUAAAGUAGAUUUGCCUAUGGAAAAACAUGCUGAUGAUAUAUGUGUCACUGUAGCAAGCUCAGGAAAAGAGCAGAAUAAAGAAACAAAAGAUAAUUUACAUGGAGUAAAGAAAUUUUUCGGCUCUUUUCGACCUAAGGAUUCUUCCAAACCUGAAAGUACUGAUAGUCAAAAACUUGAUUCAGCAAAGAAUGUACCAAAAAUUCAAGUGGAUGAGCCUUCUACUUCUAUAGAUACAAAAGGAUCUAUGUUUAGUUCUUUUGGUGAUAAUAUACUUGCAAUGCGAGACAGAGUUAUGCAGAGUAAUACAAAGAAGAAUGAAAAUAUGAGCCAGGAUAAUCAGAAGUUCCAAGAAUAUGAUCUACAAAAUGUUGGAUCUUCAGAAGAAGUUCCUGAGCAGAUCGCUGGAACAUUUAAACAGUUAGAUGAUUUUUCAUUGGUAAAUGAUAAAGGCUCUCAAGCAAGCAAACCAGAAAAAACAGAAAUAAUUGUAACAAAAGAAAAGAAGGUAGAUUCUGAAACAGCAGUUUCUCAACCAAUAAUUAAUGAUAAUGUGCAGAAAGAAAAAGGAAGCUGUAAAGUAGGAUAUGCUGUAGAGCCUGGAACACCAGAGACAUUAUAUCAAACUUGUUGUCUAAGAGUGGCAGUAUUACUUCGUAACAAAGCUUUAGAGAUAGUUUCAGAUCAGACCAAGUCUCCUCCCAAGAAACCUCCCAAACCAUCAGCUGAAGCCAUAGCAAAAGCAAGAGCAGCUGCAGUUUCAAGACGUCUGCAAGAGUUGCAGAGUAAAGGACAUAGUGUGGGUGAUAACAUUCCUGUUGGUUAUGAUGGCAUACGUUUUGCUGAUGAUGAAACAGAGUCAUCAUGUGAUUAUAAAGAUGUAGAGAAUUUUGAUUAUAUUAUGGAUUAUGAGCUUAUUAAUAGAUAUAAAUUUGAUAACAAAGUUGAUACUUUUAGUGUUCCUAGUACUUGUAGUGGUAUGACAAGUUAUUAUACAGCUGACAAUGUGACUUUGAAAGAUGAAACUUUCUCUGAUGCUGCUUUAGAAACAGUUAGUCUUGGUAGUUAUGAUUCAUCAUUUUCAAAAUUAUCUGCUAAACAAAUUAAGAAUGAGGAAGUUUCAUAUUCAUUAGAUUCCAUUUCAAGACAAAAAGAUAAAGGAAUUGUUUCAGUUCACAAGCUAAAACCUGCUGAAAAAGGAAGUGAUGUUGUAGGUAAAGCUGUUACUGCAGCUAGUGAUUCAAAAAAGAAAUUACAUAAUAAAAAAAUUCCACCACCUUUACCACCAAAGCCUGUUAUGUUACCUAAACAAAAUAUUAUAAAAAAUAAUGCUUACAUAUCUCCAUCAGAUCAAAAAAAUUCCGUUUCACAAUGUAUUAAUGGUCUUUCACUGUCUCCGAGGCUUCAUUCAAAAUUUGGGAAAGAUUCUGUUGGAACAACAAAGCGUCCUCUAAUGGUUGCUGAGGUAAAAGGAACUGAAUUUACCACACUUCCUCAAUCCAAAACUAAAAGUGUACAACAAAAUCAAGUCAAAGAAAGGAAAUUUGAUACUGUUCUCAAAAAUGAAACUUUAAAAACAAUAUCAAAUAUUUCUUCAUCUCAUCCUGUGCUCACAUCUACAAAAUCUUCUCCACCACAUCUGUUAAGUUCUCAAAGUCCGCAAAAAUUUUCAUUUGAGAGAAAAGUUUUUCCUCAAAGGCCUCCUCCACCAGUUAAACGAAAGGACAUGAAGCAGCUAGCGGGAACAGUUUCACCAUCAGUUCCAGAGAAACCUAAGAGAGAAAGUGUAGCAUCUUCAGAUGUACCAAAAGAAAAAAGAACUAUAUCUCCUCCAAGACCACCUCCUCCAGUGCUUUCAAAACCAUCUGCUUGUCCUCCUAGACCACCACCACCAACAAUUGUUACUCAUGUUAAAUCUUCUGAAGAACAUCCAUCAUAUCAAAAUGUAGAAGAAGGGAAAGAAAAGGAAUCUUAUCAGAAAUCUGUUGUAUCUCCUGAAGAUGUGCAGAAGAUUGAAAAAGACUCUUCUAAUAUUAACUUAACCGAGCCUGUGGUUAAUAUAGAAAAACUUGACUUAACACCUGCUACUGAAAUUACAGAUACGGAGUCUAGACAGUUAGCCAGUGAAACAGCACAAACUAAUAUUAAAAUAGAAGACAUGGAGGCUAAAAGUAGUAGCUCCACUGAUAUUCAUUCUGAACAAAUUAAAGAUGUUUCUAAUGAUGUAGUAGAAGCUGAAAAAAGUAUUAUUAAUGUUUCUGCUGAGCAGGAUAAUGUUAUUAUUAGUAGUUCUGAAAUAUGUAUUUUAGAUGCAACUUCAUCUAAAAAAAAUAUUUUUCAGAUACCACCAUCUUCAAAUAAAAAUGAAAAUUAUCCUAAGCCUCCUCCUCGAAAUCGCAGAAUAAGAUCUCGUACAGUAGAAAUUGUACCAGUUGAAAAAAAAUCGGAAACUGAAUUGCGAAGAAGUCAGUCGUUAUCUGAUAUUGAUGUUGAAAAGAGAAUAACUCAUUUAAGUCCUGAUUCUAAAAAGCCAGAAUUGAAAUCUUUGUAUACAGUUGUAAAUAAAGAUAGUAAAAAGAUUGAUUUGGAAUUUUCAAAUCUAGAAAAUGCUGUCAGUCGUCCAUUACCAGCCCCACCACCUCCACCACGGAAAUUCCGUUCAUUAGAAUGCAAGCCUAAAGAAAAAAAGACAGUGGAUGAUGAAGGAUGUAAGACUGAAUCUAAAUCUCUAAUUUUUGAUGAAUCUAAAUCUCCAAUUUCCGAACAUUCAUCUUUAAAACCACCUGCUAGGAAAAGAAAAGGUGGGAAACAAAGAUUCUUAAGUCUUGGUAGCGAAGAUAGAAGAGUGGAACUUGAAAGUAUAACACCAAAUGGUGAUACCAAAAUGUCACGUUCAUUAAGUGUUCCUUUAAAACCAGAAAGAAGGUUAAAAUAUGUUUUAAGUUCAAAAUAUGAUGAAAAUGCUAAUGUAGCUUUUCCUGUUAUAGCAGAUGUUCAUCACUCUUCUCCUGUUUUAGAUGAAUGUGGAAAUGAAAUUCUGAAUUUUCCCGAAAGUCAAAACAUUCCUGGCGCAGAUGUUGUUGAUGCAGCUAAAAGUACGGAUGUCUCUGAUGAUAGAGCAAACCCUUUUCCUCGUCAGAAAAAAAAUAAGACUUCAAGACAAAAAUCCCAUUCCAGUUGGUAUGAUGAAAAUGAUUUAGUUGAAGAAUCAUGGGAAGUAGUUGAUUGGGACACUAAUGUUUCUGCUGAAAAUAAACUGCAUGUGCAACCGAGAAUUUCCAUGCGUCGUAAAUCUGAUCCAGUGAAAAAGAUGCGACAGACAUCUAAAUUUUAUGUUGAUGUAGAGCAGAACACAGGUAUUUGCCUUGUAGACAAAGAAACAUCUCCCUUACCUUUGGAUUGUUCAGAAAAAUCUGUUCAAACAUCUUUGGAAACUCUGUCUCAGGGAGUUGCAUCACGAGAUGAACAAUCAGAUGAUACAGAUGAGCUUCUUGAUCUAGCUCAAACCUUACAAAAUGAAUUAAAAACAAUAAUAAAUAGGCAUAAGUCUGUUAGUGAAGGCUUUGAAGAAGACAGCAAUACUCCACCAGUGUCUGCAAGUGAUUCUGAAAAGAAUUUAGGAGAUGAAUUUGGAAAUAAAUUAAAAAAGGCACCUAGCAUUCAAUCAUCCACAUCAGAACUUUGGCCUAUGUCAUCAUCUGAAGAGAGUGAUGGAGAGUUACCCCAUGGAGAUACAACAAAUCUGACAGAAGUAGCUUUGCUCAGGAAAAAGAAGAAAAUUUUUUAUAUUGCUCAAGAAAUAAUGACAUCUGAGGAAAUAUUUGUGGAUGCUUUAAAGUUACUUAAUGUGGAUUUUAAAGCUGCUGUAGAUUCUGCCAGCAAACAAAGAAAUUCUUCUGUUAUACCAGAUGACAUCCUUUCACAGAUUUUAAAUCAUCUACCUCAGUUACAGCAUUUGAAUGAAAACUUAUUUAUGGAAUUAAAAGACAGGAUUGAUAACUGGGAUAAAUCAGGAAAAAUUGCAGAUAUAAUUGUCAAGAUGGGGCCAUUUCUGAAAUUGUAUUCGUGGUAUAUUCAUGAUUUUGAGUCUAAUGUAGCAUUAUUGGAAGAAUCAAAGAAAAAGUAUCCUGCAUUUGCACAAGUUGUCAAGGACUUUGAAAUGAGCACAAGGUGUAAAAGGCUUACAUUAAACCAUUAUAUGUUGAAACCAAUCCAGAGGAUACCACAGUAUCGUCUGCUGCUGCAAGAAUACCUUCAUCAUUUACCAGAAGAUUAUCCAGAUUAUCAAGAUACUGUGACUGCUCUUCAGAUAGUGAGCGAAGUAGCCAAUCAUGCAAAUGAAAGCAUGAAGCAUGGUGAUAAUGCUCAGAAAUUAAUUUCUAUACAGAAUAGUAUUAUGGGGCACAAAGAGAUUAUUAAACCUGGAAGAUUAUUUAUUAAAGAAGGAGAACUGAUGAAGCUGUCUAGGAAAGGAAUGCAGCCAAGAUGGUUUGUUUUAUUUAAUGAUUUGCUGUUAUAUCUAACUCCUGUGCAACAAGGUCUAUAUAGAAUUAAUCAUGAACUACCUCUUACGGGCAUGAAAGUUGCAAUCCCUAUUCAACAAGACUACCAAAAUGAAUUCAGCAUUAUCUCAGUCACUCGUUCCUUCACGCUAGCAGCAAGGUCUCAGGAAGAGAGACAAGAAUGGAUUAUAGCUUUGACCAAAGCUAUAGAAGAGAAUGCUUCCAAGCGAAGCACAUUCACCAAUAUUAGACUACAAAAAAAGAAGCAAGAUAAAACUUCAGAUGAUGAUGAGGGAGCAUUUGUGCUUGGCAAAAAAGCACCUGUUUGGAUUCCAGAUGCUCGAGUCACCAUGUGCCAAUUAUGUACCAGUGAAUUUACUGUUACUUUCCGCCGUCACCACUGCAGGGCAUGUGGAAAGGUGGUAUGUUCAAUCUGUUCAAGCAAUCGUAUAUCAUUACCAUAUUUAGGCAAUAGAAUAGCCCGAGUUUGUGAUGAAUGUCAUGCAAGGUUAGGUCCCGGUUCAAGUCCCUGUACUGAAUCUGGAGAAACAGACAGUGAAAACCAACAGAUAGCUGUGAAACCUCAUCUUAGAACUGAACACAGACAUGCGAAGAAAGGCAGAAGAAAUUUACCUAGUGUCUUAAAAGAGGUUUGUGCCAAUGAUCAGGGAUCUACUAUCAGUGGUUAUUUACAGAAAAGAGUAGGGAAAAAUUGGAAAAAAGAUUGGUUUGUUGUGAAAGACAAAGUUCUGUAUGAGUACAAAGCUAGUGAAGAUGUUUGCAGCUUUGAGAAGUAUACCACUUCUUGGUUACCAAAUAGAAUCAUUUUCAGAGCCUCUUGAAAAUGUGGAUGCUUCACUAUUGUUUCAACUCACUCAUCCAGGACAAGCCCCUAUCAUUUUUCAUGCAGACACACUUGGUGCCACUGAAAGGUGGAUUGCAGCUCUCAAAGAAGCUUCUGUUUUAGAGUGAAAAUUGUAUUUCUACACAGUAGUUCUUAUAAAUAACUAAGAAGUGUACAGUUUUAAAUUAUAAGGCUGAGUACUUUAAAUAGAAUGGCAGCUUAACUUGUUAGAGGAAUGAGCCAUUCUUAGAUGAUAGACAGUUUAAAGCUAAACAUGUGAGAAAAUACGUGAAUAUACUUUUCUCUGUCACAUUAUUUCAGAGGAUUGUUUUUAGUGUGUAUGUGGUUUUCUUUUUCUUACUGGUUUCUUUCUUAGACAUAAAUAAUAUAUAUUUAUUUAAAAUGGAGAGAUUUUUUGAAUCUCAAUUAUUAUUGACCUUUUUUUUUAAUUAAAUUGACGAAAAUUACCAAAGUAUAUAAAUGAGAAUUACCUUUAAUAUAAUUUUGCAUUUGCUGAAUUGUUCAAAAAAUGAAUGUUCCUGUUAAAGAUAAAUCACUGUGUCUAUGGUGCUUGAAAUGAGUUCAUCUGUUUUUUCUUUGUGCAGACUGUAUUUAAGUAAUUUCAUAAAUAUGAAAAAUUUUACCAAAGAAAAUCAUACUGUUUUGUUAUUUUUUACAAUACCUAAAGAAUAACGAAUUAGGAGAAAUAUUUUUAAAGAUUUACAAGCAAAUUGUGAUAAUGUAACAUUCAAAUGCCGUGUGUCAUGUAUUAUAUUUGUGUGUGUCAUUUUCAUCAAUUAAAGUGUAUGUAGAUAUGUGAUGAAAAGAUAUAUUGUUGUGCUAAGUAUAAAUUAUAUAUUUGUUAAGAAAUGAUAUAGAAUAAAAUUAUGAAUAUUGGUCUAUCU